AUGGAAUAUUACGACCUGGGCACUCACUCCCGCUCCGUCACCACCGCGAGCAAGGAGGCGCAGACGUGGUUUGACCGCGGCCUGGUCUGGUCCUACGGCUUCAACCACGAGGAGGCGGCCAAGUGCUUCGAGCAUGCCAUCCAGGCCGACCCCAAAUGCGCCAUGGCCUACUGGGGCCUCGCCUACUCCCUCGGUCCCAACUACAACAAACCGUGGGCGCUCUUCGAGGCCGACGAGCGCGCGUCGGCCACGCAGCGCACCCACGACGCCAUGGAGAAGGCGGCAGCGCUGGCAAAGGAGACCUCUCCGUCCCUCUCGCUGGUCGAGGAGGGACUGAUCGAAGCCUUGCACUUUCGCUACCCGCAGCGUGAAGCGCCCUCCGAGGCCGAAGACGAGGAGAAGACGAGCAUCUGGAACGCGGCCUACGCGGACGCCAUGGGCGCCGUCGCCGCGCGCUUCCCGGACGACCUAGACGUCGCGACACUGUACGCCGACGCCCUGAUGAACUUGACCCCGUGGGCGCUCUGGGACGUUCGCACCGGCGAGCCCGCCACCUCCAACGGCGCGCGCACGCUCGAGGCCAAGCGCGUCCUGGAUCACGCGCUGAACCUGCCUGGCGGCCGGCGGCACCCGGGCGCGCUGCACAUGUACGUGCACCUGAUGGAGAUCCACAUCGACGUGCUGGUCGGCGACUACGCGGCGGCCGGGCGCGCCAACACCGCGGCCGUCGCAGCCGACGAGAAGUUCCUCGCCCGCGAGGGCGCCCUCCAGUUCUACACGCUCUACCGCAGCCACGACUACCACUUCCUCCUCUACGGCGCCCUGUUCGCGGGGCAGUCGGCGCUCGCGCUCGACACGGUCGCGCGGCUCGAGGCCAGCAUCUCCGAGGAGCUUCUGCGCGUGCGCUCCCCGCCGAUGGCCGACUGGCUCGAGGCGUUUCUGGGCAUGCGCGUGCACGCGCUCGUGCGCUUCGGUCGCUGGGACGAGGUGCUCGCGCUGCCGCUGCCCGCGGACACCGCGCUCUACUGCGUUACUGCCGCCCUGACGCACUACGCCAAGGGCGUCGCGCACGCCGCCCAAGGGCGCGUCGGGGAAGCACGCGCGGAGCAGGCCCUGUUUGAGGCCGCGCGAGCGGAUGUGAAGCCGUCGCGGACGCUGUUCAACAACACGUGCACCGACAUCCUGGGUGUUGCCGCGGCGCUGCUGAGCGGCGAGGUCGAGUACCGCGCCGGGAACCACGAGGUCGCGUUCACGCACCUGCGCGCGGCGAUCGGCCUGUACGACAACCUGCCGUACGACGAGCCGUGGGGGUGGAUGCAGCCGGUGCGCCAUGCGUACGGCGCGCUGCUGCUCGAGCAGGGCCGCGCGGAGGAGGCCCUGGCAGUCUAUCGGGCUGACCUUGGCCUGGAUGAUUCGCUGCCGCGCGCGCAUCAGCACCGCAACAACGUAUGGGCGCUACACGGCUACCACGAGUGUCUUGUGACGCUGCGGAGGAAGGAGGAGGCGGACACGAUCGCCGGGCAGCUGGAGGCAGCGCUCGCGCUGGCCGACGUGCCCAUCAGGUCGUCGUGCUUUUGCAGGACCAUAUUUUAA